UAUAUUACAAAGUGUGAUGUUCCCAGAAAAGUUCAGGCCACCUACUUUUAUGAUGAACUGACAAAUAAUUUCUUGGUAAUAAUUUAACAACACAUCUAAGUACAAAAAAUAGAAAUCCAGCACCAAAACUAAAUGGAAAAGAAGGAAUGGAAUCGUGAUUUUUCCACUGUGAGGCCAAACAAUUUUGGCUGCUGAAGUAUUGUGUCCUGUUAUGCAAUUAAGUAAUGUCAAACUCUGAGUUUCAUACCAAAGACUUUUAUACAAAACAAGCCAAAAAUACUUUAUCACCCUCUUUCAAAUGCGUCAAAGAAACAAACUCUGUACAAAACUUCAAAGGUAUCUCUAGGACUCAUAUUUUAAGGUUUACUUUCAACUAACCAUUGUAUUAAACUUUCAGUUUUAAAUUUUCUGUCAUGGCAAUUCUCAAGAUUACCAAAAAGCACCAUAAGCAUUUCAACAACCCUUUUCCUUCUUCAGUUUCAACCACCAUCCCUUAUGUCCAAGGUUCUCUCUUCUUCAAUUCCAAAAGAGUUCCUUCGGAUCAGACCUUCUCAAUUGGCAGUGAUUUUCAGCUUUCUUGGACCUCCGACAAUGGAGGGCACCUCUCGAUUUCGCACCUUUCUCAACAAACCAGACCCAUUUGGUCUACUAUCCCUGGACAGGCUUUUGUCUCGGCUGCACUGGUUGACACAGAAUUGGAAGAAAGUAGAGGAUCCUUUCUUGUCAAAGACAAAGAUGUUCAUAUGGUUUGCAAUCACCAAACCAUCGAGGAUAUUAGGAUCAUUGAGGAUAUUGGGGUGAUCAAUGGUCAAUUUGAUCAUCAUUUGGAAUGUGAAGUGCCAGAUUCUCCUUCUGUGUAUCGAAGGUUGGAAAAGAAAACUGAUGCUCAAGAGAUUCAGAUUCCUACUUUGAUGAUCACAGGAAGGCUUUUCAAUAUGACUAAGAAGAGUAAAAGGUUUCAAAAGCAUGGCAUUCAAGCAACUAUGCAGUUUGAGGCAAAAGGACCUUCUGUGUAUGCAAGGUAUUGGGUUUUGUUCAAUCAGAAAACCAACCAUGAGGUGGGGUUUCAAGUGAAGAUUGAGAAACCUAACUUCACCUCCCGCAACCAAGUCUCUAAAACAGUUUCAGGAGGGUACCAGGGCUUCAAGAGGGGGCGGAAUAAUAGGAAAAAGAGACUGGGUUGGUGUUGGUACCUUUCUAGGCCAAGAGGGUUUUUGCUAGUCUCUUCAGUGGAGGACGAGAUAGCAGACUUGGAUAUCAUAAAACCAGAAGAGUUCAAUAGAGUGUGGUUGACAUAUGCAAGUGAUGAGAAAGAGAGGUUUUAUGGCUUUGGGGAGCAAUUUUCUCACAUGAACUUCAAAGGCAAAAGGGUGCCCAUAUUUGUUCAAGAACAAGGUAUUGGCAGAGGAGAUCAACCCAUAACCCUGGCUGCUAACUUGAUUAGUUACAGGGCAGGAGGUGAUUGGAGUACAACUUAUGCUCCUUCUCCAUUCUACAUAACGUCAAGAAUGAGGUCUGUCUGCCUUGAAGGAUAUGAUUAUACUGUUUUCGAUCUUACUAAACUAGACAGAGUACAGAUACAGAUACAUGGAAACUCUGCUGAAGGGAGGAUAUUGCAUGGAAACUCACCUUGUGAACUGAUUGAACGUUUCACAGGAAGCAUUGGAAGGCUACCUGAGCUUCCAGAAUGGAUUAUAUCUGGUGCUAUAGUUGGAAUGCAAGGUGGCACUGAGGCUGUACGUCAUAUCUGGGAUGAACUAAGGACCUAUGAUGUUCCUAUCUCGGCAUUUUGGUUGCAGGAUUGGGUGGGGCAGAGAAAAACAUUGAUUGGUUCACAGCUCUGGUGGAAUUGGGAAGUGGAUUCGCAAAGGUAUUGGGGAUGGAAAAGACUUAUUGAAGAUCUUAGAUCUCAGAAUAUAAAAGUUAUGACAUAUUGCAAUCCCUGUCUAGCACCGGUUGAUGAGAAACAAAACAAAAGGAGAAACCUCUUUGAGGAGGCAAAACAGUUGGACAUAUUGGUAAAAGACAGCAAUGGAAAUCCAUACAUGGUUCCAAACACGGCUUUUGAUGUAGGAAUGCUAGAUCUAACGCAUCCAAAAACUGCAACUUGGUUCAAGCAGAUUCUUGGAGACAUGGUGGAUGAUGGAGUUAGAGGAUGGAUGGCUGAUUUUGGUGAGGGCCUUCCUGUAGAUGCUGUUUUAUAUUCAGGUGAAGAUCCUAUUUCAGCUCAUAACAGAUACCCGGAACUAUGGGCCAAAAUUAACAGAGAGAUCGUGGAAGAAUGGAAAAGUAACUCCUUGGACAAGGUAAAGAAAGACAAAGAAGAAGGUUUGGUUUUCUUCAUGAGAGCUGGUUUUAGAGAUAGCCCUAAGUGGGGGAUGUUAUUUUGGGAAGGAGACCAAAUGGUCAGUUGGCAAAGAAAUGAUGGAAUAAAGAGUUCUGUUGUUGGCCUUCUGAGCAGUGGAAUUUCUGGUUAUGCCUUUAAUCACAGUGACAUUGGAGGAUACUGUACAGUGAACUUACCUAUAGUCAAAUAUAAUAGAAGUGAAGAAUUGCUUUUGCGGUGGAUGGAGCUAAAUUCUUUCACCAUAGUCUUCCGUACCCAUGAAGGAAACAAACCAUCCUGCAACAGCCAGUUUUACUCAAACCAGCAGACAAUGUCACACUUUGCACGUUUUGCAAAAGUAUACAAAGCAUGGACAUUUUAUCGAAUUCAGCUGGUUAAGGAAGCUGCCCAGAAAGGAUUGCCUGUAUGCCGCCAUCUAUUUCUCCAUUAUCCGACUGAUGAACGGGUGCAACAUUUGAGUUAUCAGCAGUUCUUGGUUGGUUCUGAGUUCCUAGUGGUUCCUGUCCUUGACAAAGGAAAGAGAAAAGUUAAAGCUUAUUUUCCAUUGGGGGAGAGUAGCAGUUGGUUUCAUAUAUGGACAGGAAAAGUAUUUUCGAAACAAGGAAGUGAAGAAUGGGUAGAAGCUCCAAUAGGAUAUCCUGCUGUAUUUGUUAAGGUUGGCUCUCAUGUUGGAGAAAUUUUUUUGAAUAACCUAAGAAGUUUAGGCAUUCUUUAAUAUAGCAUUCAUCAAAGUUGGAUGAAUCUUAGAUAUGUAACAUAGCAUUAGUUACUUAUCAAUUCAUGCCGCUGAAUUAAUUUAGUUGUAUUUGUAUCAUUGCAACCAAAGCUAGUGUAAAGAAAUAGUUGAAAGGAUCUUAAUCACUUAUAUUACAUUCAUUAA